AUGAUGCAGUGGAGUGAAAGGGAAAUGUUACUGCGUUAUCUCGCCGUCAUUCGCCACUUUUCCACAGCGGCGGUGCCUGUACGUGCGGCCGCUAGUUCCGGCGCCGUUGCAGAUACGCUGGGGCGGAGGCUUCUGAGCCUUGUGUACCCGAAGCGUAGUGCCGUUGUUGCCAUCAAUAAAUGGAAGGAAGAGGGUCACGCGCUACCCGGCAAAUAUCACCUCAAUCGCAUUGUUCGAGAGCUUCGCAAGGAAAAGCGCUACAAACACGCACUCGAGGUAUGUGAAUGGAUGACCUUGCAGAAAGAUAUCAAGCUGGUGCAUGGUGACUAUGCUCUACAUUUGGACUUGAUAACUAAAGUUCGGGGUUUAACUAGUGCAGAAAAGUUCUUUGAGGAUCUUCCUGAUCGAAUAAGAGGCCAGAAAACCUGCUCCGCCCUUCUCCAUACCUAUGUCCAAAAUAAUUUGGUUGACAAAGCUGAGGCCCUCAUGUUGAAAAUGUCAGAAUGUGACUUCUUGAGAUUUCCUCUUCCUUAUAAUCACAUGUUAUCUCUCUACAUAUCGAAUGGACAGCUAGAAAAGGUUCCUAAAAUUAUUCAGGAAUUAAAGAUGAAAACUUCCCCAGAUGUUGUCACUUUCAAUUUAUGGUUAACUGCUUGUGCCUCGCAGAAUGAUGAUGAAACAGCAGAAAGAGUAUUUCUUGAGUUAAAGAAGUCAAAGAUAGAUCCGGACUGGGUAACAUACAGUAUAUUGACCAAUUUGUACAUAAAAAUGGCUAGCCUUGACAAAGCCGGAGCUACUGUGAAAGAGAUGGAGAAUAGAAUCUCGAGGAAAACUCGAGUUGCAUAUUCCUCUCUUCUUAGCUUGCACACAAACAUGGGUAAUAAAGAUGACGUUAAUCGAAUAUGGCAGAAAAUGAAAGCCUCCUUUCGCAAAAUGAAUGAUAAUGAGUAUAUUUGCAUGAUAUCCUCACUGGUGAAGCUUGGAGAUAUUGCUGGAGCUGAGGAUCUUUAUAUGGAAUGGGAGUAUGUUUCCGGGACCAAUGAUGUCAGAGUUCCAAACCUACUUCUUUCUUCCUACAUUAACCAAAACCAGAUGGAAUUGGCUGAAAAAUUUUGUGAUCAAAUCGUGCAAAAGGGUGUCAUUCCUUGUUACACUACAUGGGAGCUAUUUACAUGGGGGUAUUUGAAAAGGAAAGAUGUGGAAAAUUUUCUCGAUUAUUUUAGUAAAGCUAUUUCUUGUGGGAAAAAAUGGAAUCCGAAUAAACGGUUAGUACAGGAAGCAUUCAAAAUCAUUGAGGAGCAAGCUCAUACUCAAGGAGCAGAGCAGUUGUUGGUUAUCCUUAGGAAUGCUGGUCAUGUGAAUACUAAUAUAUAUAAUCUAUAUCUCAAAGUUUAUGCAACAGCUGGUAAAAUGCCUCUCAUUGUCGCAGAGAGGAUGAGAAAGGACAAUGUUAAGUUGGAUGAAGAGACUCACAAACUAUUGGAUCUAACCAGUAAAAUGUGUGUGUGA